AUGGCCGACCCGGUUGACGCCGAUUUCGUACUCAAAACGUUCUUGAGCAAAGACGAUACUGUCGAUGUGACCCGUAAUCUAAUCGGAUAUGGCAGUCUUUUUGCACCAGUAUCAAUAUGGCGUCCCAGGCGAAAAAUCCUCGUUCCUCACUUCAACUUCAAAAGGCUAUUAGAAUUCGUGAGAGUCCACUCCAGACUGAGCCGGGUGAUGGUGGAGAAACUGAAGCCCAACGUUGGGACUGGUGCCUUCUCUCUGUGGGACUACAUUACUACCUAUACUAUGGAUGCUAUUGGUGAAAUUGUCUUCGGCAUAAACUUGGAUGCCCAGAAAAACAGCAACCACCCUUUCCCGAAGGCCUUCGAGGAGCACAGCGCAUUUCAAGGAGCCAGGGUCCUUCAGCCGUGGCUUCAGAACGACUACCUUUAUCAACUGUGGCCAUGCAGCUCCGCGUAUUACAGGUUAAGCAACUUUAUGAAGAAUUUCGUUAGUGAACUUGUGCUUGAAAAAAAGAAGAUAUUUACACUCAGGAAGAACGAAGAUGAAGUAGAAGGUUAUUUAUAUGCAAAAGACGAUCGACCAAAGGCGAUGCUAGAAUCUUUCAUCGAGAGAGCAGAGUUUACUGAUGUAGAAAUGAAGGAAGAGAUACUAGUGCUAGUUUUGGCUGGGACUGACACGUCGGCAGUGGGCCUUGCCUUUGCCGUGUCGCUGUUGGCUCGACAUCAAGAUGUGCAGGACAAGUUGUAUCUUGAACUAAAAGAGUUCUACGGUGACUCGAGCAGACCAGCGAUGGGAGAAGACCUGCCACACUUAAAGUACCUCGAAGCUGUGAUCAAGGAAACCCUGAGGCUGUAUCCUUCUGUGCCCUUGAUCGUGAGGAAAAUCGAUCAGCAUGUCACACUCCCGUCCGGUAGAAACUUGAUUCCAGGGAUAGGGGUGUACAUCAACCUGUGGUCGAUUCACAGGAACCCCAGAUACUGGGGGUCUGACGCCGAGGUGUACAGGCCAGAACGUUUUCUAGAAGGACAAGAAAUACACCCAACUGCCUAUAUGCCUUUCAGUCGGGGUCCUAGGAAUUGCAUUGGGUUUCAGUAUGCGACGAUGUCCAUCAAAACUGCUCUGAUAAACCUGGUGCUGAGCUUCAAGUUCUUAGCGCCCUCUGACAGCGAGAGCAAGAGUCUCAAAGUCAAAUACGACAUCAUGUUGAAGCACGUUGACAACUUCAGGGUUAAGUUAGAGGCUAGGAAUUGA